AUGGGGGCCCCGCGCGGCGGGCCGCUCGCCCUCCCGGGAGCCGCUCUCAGCCUGCUGCUGCUGCUGACGGUGGCCGAACGGGGGCGCCCCUCCCUGCGGCUCUUGGACUACCCGGAGCCCGUCUGCUCCCAGCCGGGACUGGCAUGCAGGGUCAAGAAUAGUACCUGCCUGGAUGACAGCUGGGUCUCCCCUAAGGACUUGACUCCCUCAUCCCCCAAAAAUGUCAAAACCCAACUGCUCCAUGUCCGCACCCGGGAUGGAGACCUCGUCCCUGUGAUUCACAUUGAAUGGGCAUUGCAAACUGAUGCCAGCAUCCUGUACCUAGAGGGCACAGAGCUGUCUAUCCUGCAGCAGGACACAAAUGAGCUCCUGUGUGUCAAGUUUGAGUUUCUCUCCAAGUUGCAGAAUCAUCACAAGCGGUGGCGUUUUAACUUCAGCCAUUUUGAGGUGGAGCCUGGCGAGAAUUAUGAGGUGACUGUUCACCACCUGCCCAAGCCCAUCCCUUAUGGGGACCCCAACCACCAGUCUAUCAACGUCUCUGUGCCUGGCUGCGAAGACCCCAGGAUGCGGAUCACCACACCGUGUGUGAGCUUAGGCAGCCUGUGGAAUCCCAAUAUCACAAUGGAGAAACUGGAGAAGCACCAGCUGUUGGUCAGCUUCACCCUGUGGGGUGAAUCCAGCAGCUAUCAGAUCCUCCUGGACAGCUUUCCAGACAAAGAGAACCAGGCCUGCUUUCACCACAGACUGUUUAUUUCCCCGCCCCCAUCAGAGAAUUUCCACCAGCGGUAUAACAUCACGCUUCCCCUAAGCAAAUUUAACUGGUGUUGCUGCCAUCAAGUGAAGAUCCAGCCUUUCUUCAGCAGCUGUCAGAACGACUGUAUCAGACAUCUGGUGAACAUGAGCUGCCCAGAAGUUCUACCUCUUCCAGACUACAUGCCCCUGUGGGCGUAUGGGCUCAUCACAGGUAUUGCCAUCCUGAUGGUGAGCUCUGUCAUCCUGUUCAUCGUCUGCAUGACUUGGAGAAUGCCUGGGUCUCAUGGAAAAUGUGAUGAUAACACCAAGUAUAUUGAUAUCCCACGCCCAGCUGCCCUGAGACCCCCAUCCCUGAAGCCGAGGAAGGUCUGGAUCAUCUACUCGGCCGACCACCCCCUCUAUGUGGAAGUGGUUCUGAAGUUCACCCAGUUCCUGCUCACUGUCUGUGGCACUGAGGUGGCCCUCGACCUCCUGGAGGAACAGGUCAUCUCUGAGGUGGGAGUCAUGACCUGGGUGGGCCGCCAGAAGCAAGAAAUGGUGGAAAGCAACUCCAAAAUCCUCAUCCUGUGCUCCCGAGGCACCAGGGCCAAGUGGCAGGCCAUCCUCGGCUGGGAGGAGCCUGCCCUCCAGCUGCGGUGUGACCACUGUAAGCCUCCUGGAGACCUUUUCACUGCGGCCAUGAACAUGAUCCUGCCAGACUUCAAGAAGCCAGCCUGCUUUGGCACCUACAUCGUCUGCUACUUCAGUGACAUCAGCAGCGAAGAGGAUAUCCCUGAUGUCUUCAACAUCACUUCCAGGUACCGACUCAUGGACAAAUUUGAGGAGGUUUACUUCCGCAUCCAAGACCUGGAGAUGUUUGAACCCGGCCAGAUGCACCGUGUUGGGGAGCUGAUGGGGGAAAACUAUCUCCAGAGCCCCAGUGGCGGGCUGCUCAAGAAAGCCCUGGACAGGUUCCGGGAGUAUCAGACCCAGUGCCCCGACUGGUUUGAGCAUGAGAACCUUUGCUUGGCUGAUGAUCAGGACCUGCCAUCCUUGGAUGAAGAGGUGUUUGAGGAGCCACUGCUGCCAGCAGAAAGAGGGAUCGUGAAGCAGAAGCCCCUGGUGCGAGAGCCUGGCUCCGCAGACUGUCUAGUGGUAGAUCUGCUCAUCAAUAAGGAAAGAGGAAUCUCAAGGCUUGAACCUCAGCUGCAGCCCCAAGAGGAGCUGGCAGCCCAGACCCUCAAGACCACGGUGCUCCCAGCGGAGAGGGUCCCUCCCGUUCAAGUAGUGCAGCCCAUGCUGCCUGCUGCAGGCAGCAGCACAGCCUUCCGACUGGCCGUGAUGGAGGGAGGCGAGGCCUGCCCAUUGUUGGAGGCCCCCGGCACACAGCGGAAUGAUGUCCUCUUCCUCCCUGUGGAUCCAGAGGCCUUGCCUCUCUGCAGCACCCCCAUGGCAUCUCCUGACCACCUCCCAGAUGAUGUAAGGGAGCAGCUCAAAGGCUUAAUGUUCUCACUUUUCCACCAGAGUCUGAGCGGCCCGAUGCAGGAGGACCUCAAAGACUCCCACAUGCCCUACGAGGAGGAGCAGAGGCAGUCAGUGCAGUCCGACCAAGGCUACAUCUCCAGAAGCUCACCACAGCCCCCUGAUGGACUCACAGAAAUGGAGGAGGACGAGGAAGAAGAAGAGCAAGACCUCAGGAAGUCUGCCGAGGAACUCUCCCCUGAGGACCUGGAGAACCUCAGGAGCCUCCAGCACCAGCUCUUCUUCCAAGAUCUUCAGAAGAGCUCUGGCUGGGACAGUAUGGAGCUGGAGAGGCUACCUGGAGCAUGGCAGGAGUCCUUGUAG